AUGGCGGAAUAUGACCCCACAAACACCGCCGCCACCAUCGGCGGCAGCUCCCACCACCAGCAUCUCAUCCACAAAGAAACAGCCCUUCAAGCACUCAACACCAUUAUCCAGCUCCAUUUUGAGAAGACCCUUGAGAAGAAAAGGGCUGUUGAUGUCCAGAAGAAGGAACUCUGGAAGCUAUUCCAGCUGUUCUUCCUGUUUUUGGGGAUUGUCUUUCUAGCUCAAUCUAACUCGCCGACGCUUCAAUGCCGGCAUUGCUGGAUACCCAUUGGGUUCUUAUCCUUGGCUCAUUUGAUUUUCUACGUUUCUGUGGCUCAGACGCUCAGAUGCAUCAAUGGGUUCAAGUACCAGAGACGGUGUCAUAAAUUGACUCUUGGGUUGGCCACCGAAAGGCUCCGGCAGCUCCGGAUUAAAAUUGGGAGCGGCGGCGGCGCCGCCGGCGGUGGUGGGGUGAUAGAUGAGUACGGCGACGAGUUUGAGAUUCCUUAUCAAGAACCACCAGAGAGUUACUUCGGCAAGUUUAAGAGGAAUUGGAUUCUGCAUUUUGGGUUCUUGAUCUUCAUUUACGGAUUCAUGGUGUCGUCCUCUGUAGUAAUGCUUUGCUUUUAG